AUGUCAUUCCGAAGACGAGAAGUUGACGAUUGCCACAACACUGUCGACCCAGGGUUAAAAAAAAGCGAGUUUUUUAGACCAAGAUUAGGCUCACAGGGGAAGCAUGGGUCAAUACGGCAACAAGUCCACUGGCGCUAUCUGAUUGCAUGGCUUUGUCUGUGGGUGUGCCUCAUUCAGUACUACGAAGUUUCGGUAGUGAAAAGGGCGAUGAAACGAUGCCAAUGGUCGAAUUGGGAAGAAUGGCCAGAAACGGCCACUCCUCAUCAUAUGGCAGUGCUGGCAGACCCUCAGAUUAUGGACGCUCACUCAUACCCGGGAAGACCAUGGAUAGCCAACUAUUUUACUCAACAAGUGGUAGACAACUACCAUGCUCGCAAUUGGAAGUAUAUGCAUCACAUACUCGAUCCACAUUCCACAUUUUUUCUGGGAGAUCUCUUCGAUGGGGGGAGACGGUGGAAUGACUCGGAUUGGAUGCAAGAGUACAAACGCUUCAAUCAGAUUUUCCCCAAGAAGCCCAACCGCUUAACGGUGAUGUCAUUACCAGGAAACCACGAUAUUGGGUUUGGUGAUACCGUUAUUCCGGAGAGCUGGGCACGAUUCAGUACCUAUUUUGGCGACCCUUCCUCAAAAUGGGAUGUAGGUAACCAUACAAUCGUGCUGUUAGACACAAUUUCCCUGUCAGACUCGCAAAACGAGGCCAUUUCUGCUGUUCCGCGUGAGUUUCUCGACCGUUUUGAUGAAAGUCCAAGGUCUACACCCAGGGUUUUGAUGACACAUGUUCCUUUGUGGCGCGACCCCAACAAGCAACUUUGUGGUGCAAAGAGAGAAUCUCAGAAACCAUUUCCGAUGGCUAAAGGCGAACAGUACCAAACUGUUAUUGACUGGGGUUUGAGUCAGGAGGUGCUGCAAAAGAUCGAACCUUCCUUGGUCCUCUCAGGGGAUGAUCAUGAUUACUGUCAUAUUGAGCACACUUACUUGUCUGAUAGAGGCUCAACCAGAGCUGAUGAAAUUACAGUUAAAUCGUGCGCGAUGAAUAUGGGAAUUUCUAGGCCAGCAAUACAGUUACUAUCACUAUACAAUCCCGAUCUACUGUCAACUUCGAAAGACACGUACCAUACAAACAUAUGCUACCUACCGGACCCUUACAAGGCUCUACGAAUGUAUGUGUACACAUACGUGAGCACCAUACUUUUUCUAUUUUGGAUCAUAUUUCUUCCAAAAUCUUUUAACAAGGUUUUGGAGUCAGCCAUGCUGAGGGGAUCUCGAGAAUUUACCCAUGUACUGCCAAUUGCGACCAAGAAGCACGGCCUUAAAGCAACCCAAGAAGACGUUGACGACCUAUUGGCGGUCAAUGGAAACAGAAAAAUCAGAAGGUUCGUUAUGAAUGUCACUGUUAUGACUUUCAUGAUUUUUUGGUCUUCGCGAUGUACUAUAAGAAAAGCUGAAAUCAAGACAACCCAAUCUUGCUAA